AUGAUCUGGGGCCAGCCUCGAAGAUCCGUAGCCCGGAAAGCUCUCCGGAGCUUUGCGUCGAGGGCUCUACCUUGGCAGAAUCUUCGGUCUCGUUCCCCUGGUCGGAUCCUGCCAUGCCUUGCGAUGGUUUUGCAGACGAUGCCCAGAGAUUUGGGACCUGGCACAACUGUAUCUGCUGGUGGCUUCCAUACCUGUGCCUUGGGCACAGAUGAAGAGCUUCUCUGCUUUGGGGGAAACUGGGGUCUCGAUUCCUCUGGCCAGUGCGACGUGCCGGCUGAUUUGGGACCUGUGGCAGGAUUCUCAGCAGGGCACGAGCACUCCUGCGCAGUGACGAUGGAUGGCAGGCUCCAUUGUUUCGGGCUAAACUUUGCUGAGCAGUGCGGUGUGCCUGGUGAUUUGGCACCGGUUCAGGCAGUCUCUGCCGGCAGAUAUCACACCUGUGUCCUAACGACUGGAGCACAGGCUGUGUGCUUUGGGUGGAAUGACGAUGGCCAGUGCGAUAUUCCUGCAGAUGUGGAGUCAGUUCUAAGCGUUUCGGCCGGAGGCGAACAUACCUGCGUAGUGACGCAAGAUCGGCAGCUUGUGUGCUUUGGCUUAAACGAUGAAGGCCAGUGUGACAUACCAGCCGAUUUGGGAUCAGUUCGAGAGGUGUCUGCAGGCUAUUCCCAUACAUGUGCCCUGAAAAUGGAUGGCCAGCUGGUUUGUUUUGGUGGGAACGAAGAUGGCCAAUGUGACGUCCCAGCUGAUCUGGGCUCAGUCGAGGCCGUGGCUGCAGGCGGAGAGCACACUUGUGCCAUAAAGAUGACUGGAGAACUGGUUUGCUUCGGAUGCGGUGCAGAUAGCGAAGGGCAGUGCGAUGUGCCCCCGGACUUAGGCCCAGUUGUGUCCGUAUCCGUGGGCGUGGCACACACAUGUGCUAUGACAGUGGGCUGGCAGCUCGUCUGUUUUGGACUGAACGACGACGGCCAGUGCGAUGUACCGGAAGACCUGACCCAGGCGUGA